AUGUCGGCCGGCUGUCGAGCCCACUCGCCAUAUUUGGCUGACACAAAAGAGCCUAGCACCGAUGGUGUGGUCUUCAUCCUCCAAAUGAGUUUCUUUUGAAGCAUGUUAAGUACAUCUUGAGGGCGCCUAAUACCUAGGCCACCCUCAUCCGUAGGUCGACAUGCUUUCUCCCAAGAAACUCGGCGUUGACGACGAGGUCCCUCAAGUUGUCCAUCCCAAAGGAAGGACGUGCAUAUCCGUCUAAUAGUCUGUAAGACGGUGUCUGGUACCUCAUGGACUGCCAAAAGGUGUAAUGGUAUGCUCAUGAGGACAUGGCGUAUCAACUGGAUCCGUCCUCCAGGGGAUAGAAGUUGUAACUUCCAUCCUGCUAGUUUCUUCCUCAACUUGCCCACUAGGGCGUCAAAAUAGUGUAUGCGCCUACGGCCGAGGAAGAUAGGACAUCCUAGAUAGUCAAAAGGUAAGUGUCCACGAGAGAACCCUGUUAGGCCCUGGAUGCGUCGUAUGGUCCCUAUGGGGGUAGAAGGGCCUACUAUGAAGCUACUCUUCGAGGCAUUUACGAGUUGACCUGCAGCUCGCUCAUACCUCGAGAUAAUACUCAUGAGCCCUCUAAUGGAUGUCUCACAUCCAUUGAGGAAGAGUAUCGCAUCAUCAGCAAAGAGGGAGUGUGAGAUGAUCGGGCAACCCCUCUUUGAGUAGUGUGGUCGGAUUAGUCCUUGAUUGAUCGCUCGGGUGAGGGAUCGACUGAGGACUUCUUCAACUAAGAUGAAGAGGGUGGGUGAUAGUGGAUCGCCCUGUCGUAGACCUCUCGUGGCCGUGAAGAAUGGUGUGGAGCUACCGUUCACUAAUAAAGAGAAAUGAUUCUCUCUAACACAUGCAUCAACUAAGUCAAUGAAGUCGUCGGUGAACCCAAAGCGUCUAAGAACCUUAAUGAGGAAACUCCACUCUAUCCUAUCAAAGGCCUUCUCCAUGUCUAAUUUGAUGAUGAUGUUAGAGCCUCGACAAUCAUGGCCAAGGGAUUGUGCUAGUUCAUGUACUAGCAUGAUGUUAUCGUGAAUGUACCGUCCCUUGACAAAUCCGCAUUGUUCUGGAGAUAUAAGUCUAUCAAGGAAACUACUCAAUCUACGUGUAACGAUCUUAGAUACAACUUUAUAACACACGUUACACAAACUGAUAGGUCGAAAGUCUCUAAAUGAGGUUGGGGUAGUCACCUUUGGUAUAAGUGCAAGGAAGGUGGCCUUCCAACUUCGUGUAAAGACUUUACGACGAAAGAUUUCCUUGAUGGCCUGGAUGAGAUCAGUGCCAACGAUAUCCCAACAUGAAAUGUAAAAAUCAGCUGGGAAACCAUCUGGCCCGGGUGCACGAUGUCUACUCAUAGAGAAAACUACUUCCUUGAUCUCUUCUCCCGUGGGUAUGGCUGUUAUGAGAGAGUUCUCACGGUGAGUGACCAAUGAUGGGAUCGAAGUGAGCAUAUCAUCAGAAAUCUCAAUCGGCUGAGAGGUUAAGAGAGUACGAAAGUACUCAACCCCUGCCUCCUGCAUGCGGGAAAGGUCAUGAUCAUAUGUCUCUAAAAGAGAGGUAUAAUCUGAACGUGAGCGAUGAGCGACCGAGGCAUGAAAGAAACGAGUGUUUCUAUCACCCUCUUGUAACCACUGGAUGCGUGAUUUCUGGAGAUAGAAUAACUCCUGUCGUCGCACAACUUCAUCAAGCUGGUCACUCACUCUACUCCUCCUUUCCCAAGCAGCAUCUGAAUAUCUAGCUUGCAGUAGUCUUUCAACUUCUGCUAACUCUUUUUGCAAUGCAUCAACUUGGGUAUGGACAUUCCCAUAGAUAUGUCGGUUCCACCAUUUAAGGUGGAGUUUGAGAUUCCUUAACUUAUAGCUAAGGUUCUCCAUAGGAGAAUCUGAGAUCUGUCCGUACCAGUGAUUCUGUACGAAACUCUGAAAGUUUUCAUGUUGGAGCCACAUGGUUUGAAAUCUGAAGGGGGGUCUAUGGGUGCUCAUACUCUGUUUAGGGAGUAUGAGGAUCGGGGUGUGAUCUGACCUAUAACGGGGUAAUAUCGUGACUAAUAUGGGAUGUCGCAUCAUGGCGAUGCUGUUGAUGAAACAACGAUCGAUACGCUCAUAAAUCAAAGCGUCCCCUCGAUUGUUGCUCCACGUCCAUGCCUCGCCUGAUGUAGGUGGCUCAAUAAGAGCUAAUCGAAAAAUACAAUCAUUGAACAUCUCCAUGUUACGGGCCCUAGGGAUUCGCCCACCUUGACGUUCACUAGUAUUACGGACACAGUUGAAGUCACCUGCUAGGUACCAAGGAGACUCAACUAGUGUAGGGUAGUCCCUCACGUAUUGAACUAGGUCCGUCCAAAGAGUUUCUCUUUCUUCGGAUCUAUGUGAUGCAUAGAUGACCGAGAAGGUGAACUCUUGGGUGAGAUCUCGAGCCGUCAUAGUGAUAUGCUGGGGUCCCUCGACUAGCAACUCCAUAGAGUAUGGUCUAGUCCAAAAGAUCCAAAUAUGAUUCGUGGGGUUGGAGUGAAAAUGAUCCAUACCUAACCUCCUAAGUAAGGGUUGGAUACGAUCUGAUGAUAUCAUAGGCUCAAUGAGGCCUACUAUACCUAGUCGAUACUGUCUGAUAAGGCUAGCUAUAUAGAAUUGGGUUUCGAGGUUGCCUAUACCUCGACAAUUCCAUAUGAUGCUAGGUAUCAUGAUCUAGUGAGUGGCCCCACGAGUCCUAGAUCUCGUGGAGUAAGGUGAGCGUCUAGUGAGUCGUGUGGUCCUAACCUCCGUCUGAUAUCCCUCCUCUAGGUAGGUAGUCUCAAUGUCAGUCUCAGAGCUACCAUCCUCAUGGGUACUAGUCGUGUGGCCCGUAGUAUCAUGAGCACUAGAUGAAGAGGAUGGGUGUGGUGCUUGACGAUUCGUUAAGCACUGUCCUCUAUCGGGGCUCUCCCUAGAAUUAGCGGGUGGUGGAUCAAGUAUAGGAAACUGAUCUGACGGUUGUAAUAGGGGAGAGGGGGGGAGGGUAUAAGAAUCAGAAUGGGGGGCUACGUAAGAUGUACUAAUAGGAAGUAUGCUGGGGGUAGACCCUCCUAAUAGAUCAUCAACAGGGAUUUGAGGGGGAUGGAUAGGGCCCAAGCCUAUACCCUCAGAGAAAGGGGUAGACCUCGGUCGGUGGGGACUAAGAGGUGAAGGACUCCUUCUACGUGGGGAGGAGUGAAUGGGCGGGGAGGAGCUAGGUGGUGGAGAGACACUAAUGGGUGGAGUGGGGUGGGUGAGUAUGGGGGGUCGGAUAACCCGGGGGGAUCUAGUAUGGGGGGUUGGACUAGGUGAGUCCCUCGUAGUGGAGGAUGCUAGCCCUUUGGAAGGCCUAGUUCCCCUUUGUGCAGGUCCCUCAAAGUCUCUCUCAUCUAAAGCCCCUAAGACCUCGAAGGUGUUUGAGGUUACGGGUUGCUUUCCCUUGCUCAAAGGGGAAGGUGUAGCCUCUCGUGUUCCUUUCUUCCCCCCUGUGUAGGUGGAAGAAGGGCGUCCAGCUGCCGGCUUUCGCCGUGCAUGCUGUGUCUCAAUCAGUGAGCUAG